UAAUUGAAGCCGUUAAAAGUUGUGAAGGUUGAAAAACGUCAGUGACGUUUUUUGUCAUUUAUUUUAAAUUUUGUUUUUGUUUAAUAGUGCAUUCCAGUAGAAAGUAGACAUUUAAUAUGAAACAUUAAAGAAGAAAAUCCUACCAUAGUUUAACAUCCGACUAAUAGCUACAUAAGUCAAAAAUGAGAAUGUUUAUUGGUUCGUCUUCGACGGUGGUGAAAUUUCACGAAAUUGGCGCUACAUCCGUCUCAUACACAUUCGAACCUACAUCCAAAGUCGAUGGUCCGUGUAGAAGCAUAUCAUGGUCUAAGGACGGCAACUGGCUAGCCGUCGUUCCCCAUCUAGGAUUUGCUGAAAUUAUCACACUUAAAGGUCACUGCAAAUUACUUCAAACAGUACAGGAUGUUAUCGAACCUUCCUGCGCCAGCUUUCAGAAUUUAACAAAGCGAAACAUAGCGGUCGGAACAAAGCACGGACAGGUGCUUUUAUACGAUGUUAAGUCUAAGAGUAUCAAAUCCAGAUAUCCUAGAACGACCUGCUCUGUUACACAUGUAGGAUUUACUGCUAAAGACACUCAUUGCUAUGCCGGAUGCUCGAAUGGCGACCUAUUACUGUUUAACAACGUUGCUAAAAGUUUGUCGUGUACUAUGAAGGUGCCUAAAUCAAAUUCCUUGACAUCAGUACAAGCGCAUAGUCAAAGAAGAAAUUUCUUUGUGGGUGGAAGCAAUGAAGGUAUCGUAGCGGUGUGGGAUACUAACGUCAACAAAGUAAAAUUUUACAACGAUGCCCAUAAAGCUCCAGUUACUUCAACCAUAUUUUCUCCAAUAAACGCCGCGCUGGUUAUUUCGGCGGGUUUAGACAGACAAGUGUGCGUGUUUGAUGUUGAUGAUAGGCAGAGAAUCGCUUGUAUUCCAGUCGAAAAUAAUGUAACAUCUUUGGACUUUACCGAAGACGCAACGCAUAUCGCCAUGGGGUCUCAAAACGGUAAAAUGCACGUAUACGAUUCGCGCAAUCUUCAAACUCCCGUUUACUCGUUUGAAGCCCACGAAUCAGCCAUUAGACAUCUAGCCUUUCAAAAUUCUUCGUCAGAUUCGGUUAAUAACAACAGUUCGGUCGGCAGUAUUGUUACCGAAGAAGUUUCACGACCUUCUAGAAGUACCGAAGCAGUUGCCGUUAGAAAAAAGCGAACCAGUGACAUAUUUGGCGUCAUAGUUGAAGCGAAUGCUCCCGAUAAUGACAUAUCUGACAGCCCAAGAUCAUCUGUUUUAACAACCCAAGAUGGAGGUGAUUCUUUCAUUCAAGCUUUGGGUCUCGAUAAGAAUGAUACUGCGGACUCGAUGAAAUUUGAAGAGAGUAUUCAUGAAAAUAAAAGUAGAGAUUGUCUCAGUGGUAAACGUACGUCUUUGAGUUCUUUUACGCCAAACCCUACAAGAACAGUGCAUGAAAAACUGGGUUUAUACGACUCCAAAUCCAUCAAACAAUCCACUCCAAAAAUAUUAGCUGAAAAUUUUCCGCCUGUGUUUUCUCCUAUAACUUCGGAACAGAAUCGUUCAAAAUCUCAAGCAGUUUUGCCAACCGUUUCGGGAAUACAAACUAUAACCAAAGAAGCCGUUCAAGAUGAAGUUAAAAAGGCUAUCGAUGAUUUGAGAAGCGACAUUAAGCAAGAUAUUAUGCAGUCGGGUGCUCAGAUAAGGAGGAUGAUGCUGGAUUUCCAUCUGGCCAUGGUGAAGGAAUUUAUGAAAAUGGAAAAUUACUGUAACAGUAUUAGGAAUGAAAUUAACCCAGACGCAGCCAUCAAUCGCGACAGUUAUCUUUUGGAGGAGAAUAUGCACCUGAAAAAGAAAAUUGAAGAGUUAGAAAUACGAAUAGCUAAUUUUUCGAAUAAAUCGGAUGUAACUAGCGACGAUUAAAUGUAUCCUCAAAUUUUAAUAAACCUGUGUCUAUGUUAA